CAUUUUUUAAUGACGCACUAGAUGUAAACAGUUUUUUUUGUUUGAAUAAAUUUAACGAAACAAAAAAGGUAAACGGAAUUUGUGAUUGGCCUAAGCAUUCGGUAUACGUUUUCCGAUGAACGCAUGACGUCUUUUCGAAUUCUAAUUUUCGAAAACAUUAACUGUUAACUCGCUCAAGCUUUCACUAUAUCAAUACAUUCACUUCUUGCAGUGCUGUUCACUUCCUCGCUGCUUUUCUCUGAGAUCUGUAUGUUCAGAUCUUGUAUCAAACAUGGCAUCUAAAUCUAGCGCAGUGACUAAUGCAAGUAAUCAAAGUUAUGGAUCCCAACCAACGAUUGAAGAUCAAAUCGCCAUUGUCGUUAAACGAGUGGGGGAGGUUGAGAGGAUGGUUCUUAGGAGCCCUCUUUACUGGGAAUCUAUAGAACUCCUUGCGAAAGACGAGGUUUCACGAGGCAUAUUCUACGCAAUUCCAGAUGAAUGUAAGCUGCAUUAUCUAAAACGAAAGAUAAGAGCCUCCAAUAAGAAAGAGAAAGAACCCUUUUAUGAGAGAGAUGAUGGACACUAUUGUCCCACUUCUCCUACGUAUAAUCCCACUUCUCCUGCCUAUAAUCCUUGGUAGAACUGUAUUUUUUAUUCUCAUGGUUUAUUUUGUUGUGAUUGAGUUUGAUGUUGUUGAAUGUUUCAUGUUUAGUGUUUAGCUCGUUGUGCUUGAAUUUGAUGUUGUGCGGAUUAUGAACUUGGCUGUGGUUUUAUGGUUUCGACCAUUUUUUAUGCGUUAAUCUGAGGAAUAAAC